AUGGUGCUUUUAUCGUUUCUCCUGCUUUGUUUGAUUCGUGGUCUUCUGGGCUCCCUGUCUCCAGCCCGCGCACCUCCCAUGGGAUGGAACUCUUACAAUGUAUUUGGUUACGUUCCCCAUCAAGAGGGAAUUUCUCGGCAGAUGCGCGCUCUAGUUCAACCGGUGGUCGAGCGCAAGACGGGGGGAAGCAGCGUCCACGAGAGCUUGCUUGAGCUUGGCUACAACAGUGUCGGGUUAGACGACGGCUGGCAGGAGUGCUCUCCGAGUGAGUACCCCCGUGUAGACGGGCGAGCAGUGAUCAACAACUCGAGAUUUCACAACAUGCGCGGCAUGGUCGAAGAAGGUCACGCGCUUGGUCUGAAUAUGUGGUUUUACCACAACGGCCAGGGCUGCCGUGGCGAGGAUGUGUGGCAGCACGUCGGUGAUAAGCAGCUCUCCUGCUGCAUCCGUGAAGACCUGGCGCAGGCUAUUGAUCUGGGUUUCGACGGCAUCAAAGUUGACGGGGGCGCAGACAACAUCGAUGACAUGACGAAGUGGAUGGAUCUCAUCGAGGGCGCGCAGCAGGAGUUGUUUUUUGCGAAUGCUGCGACGCCCGGCGGCGAAAUGUUUGCUGCUCGAAACCCAGAUCCUGGCAGCAUUGUCGAACUGUCCAGUCGUUUUAACACAUAUCGGGUGUGGCCUGACAUAUCACCGCAGUUUUACAGUGCGAUGAAGUCUUUGCAGGCAAUGGUCCCUUUCCUGGAUCCGACGAAUCCGUUGUCCUACCCAGGUAUGUGGGCUGAUCCAGAUGCGCUCCAAGCCUUCAAUGUAGUCGGUGUUGGCGGAUCGCGCAAAUGUCAGACACGGAGUCGCGCACUCAUUUUGCAGCAUGGUGUGUGA